UUACAUCCCUAAGCUAUUAGUGUGCUCGCCCAUAUCUGACAUGGCGGACAGAUACUGAAAAUUUGCAGUCGUUUGGUAGAUUUUUACAAAUUUCUCUUCUACUCAGUGACUCACGAAAAGACAACAUGUCUAAAUCGGUCAGCAAGAACAAAGAGAAUCAAACUAAGAGUAAGCAGACGAAGGAUGACCUUCCUUUCGAGCUGGAACAACAGUUCAUUCUGCGGAUGCCCAAGGGUCCUUCUUUUCAGACACAGACAGAAACCCUGCGGAAGGCUGUCCAGUCUGGCAGUCAGAACAUGAAGGACAGACUCUCCAUCGAGUUCCAGGCCGACCAGAGACACGCUACUGUCAGGUUUGAUGGGGAGGCUCUGUCAGCAAAGCUUGUAGACCUUCCAUGUGUCUUAGAGUCCCACAAGACAAUAGACAAGAAGACCCUGUACAAGACAAAUGACAUCUGUCAGAUGUUGGUGUGUAGCACAGAAGACCAAGAUGCCAAGGAAGAGGAAGUAGAUGAGUCUACACAAAAGAAAGACAAGGAUAAGAAGUUUCUCUAUAAUCAUGGCAUCACACCAGCCCUGAAGAACGUUCGGAAAAGGAGAUUCAGGAAAACCAUGAAGAAAAAGUACAUAGAAAGUCCUGAUGUGGAGAAGGAAGUCAAACGACUGCUGAAGGUGGAUAAUGAGGCUGUUAAUGUCCGAUGGGAAGUUAUAGCAGAUGAUGAGAAUGAGAACAAGGAGCAGAAGCCUGUAGUGAACCUGGGUGGACUGGAGAUCCCCUCCCCCUCCUCUAGCGCUGCAGUGGCACAGGCUGGGGAAACCAGCAUGAGCAUGACAUUUGACAAUGACCUUCAUGAGCUGUUCAAAGACGUGAGCAGCUCAGAUGAGGAAGAGGGGGAGGAGAGUCGACCAGCUCCAGCAGAAGAAGAGGAAGUCAACAUCAUGGACUCUGAGGAUGAGGCUAGCAGGGGGGCUGCCGGUGAGGGGAAGAGCCAAUCUGGCAAGGCUGUUCCAUCCACUUCUGGUGCAAAGAUGGAACGGAAACAAGAAACUAACACUUCUGAUAAAGGAGGUCUGCAGACUCAGUUGCAGCAGCUGGAGUCAGACCUAGCCAGGUUACGGGAGAAGAGAAGCCUGCAAGAAGAGAUUGUCCGUGGGGUCGGGAACGAAGAUCUCAGGCAACGCUUCCAGGCAGAUUUAAAUAACAUCAGGGCAGAAGAGGCAAGAAAAGAAGCAGAGAUUGCAAGAGUGAAGUCUGCCCUGGACAGCAGUUAGAACAUCAUAUUUUGAAAUUAUGUAUAAAAGUGGUUAAGUCACUCUAUGUAUAAAUUUCUCUUUCUCCAUGGGUGUAUUGUUCUGUAUCAACCUGAUUCUCUGCUUCAGGUUUCUCCCAUUGUUGUAUAUCAUUUACAGUGUAAUUGUAAUGAACAAAAAAUCAUUGAGAGUGCAUUAACUUAAGUGAUUUAAAGGAACACACAUAUUGGUAGCUGUCUUGCGUCCUACACAAAGUAGGGACUGGAUUAUGCCCUACAUGCAGAAGGUUAUUACCUUAAAGUACCAGUAAACAGAUAAACUGUAUAUAUUUCAUGUA